UACCUAUCUUUUUGUCUUUUCUUUUGUACUUACCCCUUUUUCUUUCUUCUUAUCUCAUUUCUCAGAGACCCACACCAAGCGUUGUCCUUCUUCAACUUCUUUCUUCUUCCUUUCACGGUAAACUCCUCCUUCUUCCUUUCCUCACCGUCAAAUCACCUCCCUCCACAAGCAUUUUCUUCCACCACAAGAACCACAAGAAUCAAAACCCACCAGCACCACAAGAAUCAAAACCCACAAGCACGGACUCCGUCGACCCACAAGCACCUAUCUCCGCCGCCAGCACCGACCCACAAUCAACAAAACCCAUUCCCUCUGAGAUUCAAUUCUAGUACACUUGUUGUAAAUCAUCAUUCUUUCGUCAAAUUUCCCAAUCAAACGUACCUACUCAAUUUGCAAGUUUUCAUUCACCUCUUAUCAUUCCUGUUAAUUUCGUCACAUCUUUGAUCUUUCUUACCUUCUGCUCUUCUUUUUUCAUCUUCUCAAUCUUCAGUCAACAGAUCAUAUCAAUGGAUUUCUUGACCAACGAAGGAGCCUCUUCUUCUUUUUCUACUCCCCAAUGGAUCUAUGAUGUCUUCUUGAGUUUUGGCGAAGAUACUCGUAAUAAUUUUACAGGCUAUUUAUAUGAGGCUUUGUGUUACCAGGGUUUUAACACCUUCAUCGAUAAUGACCUUCAGAAAGGAGAAGAAAUUUCAAUGGAACUUCAUAAAGUCAUUGAAUCGUCAAUGAUUUCGAUUGUUGUAUUUUCUAAAAGUUUUGCAUCUUCUACUUGGUGCUUGAAUGAACUUGUCAAGAUCUUUGAGUGUAGGAGUAAUGGCCAACUGGUUCUACCAAUUUUUUACAAAGUGAACCCAUCAGAAAUACGUAAACAAGAUGGAGAGUUUGGGAUUGCUCUAGCUGAACACGAAGAAAAAUUCAAAGAUGACAGAGAAAAGGUUCAGAAGUGGAGGAAAACUUUAACAGAAGCAGCUAAUUUGUCUGGAUUUCAUUACAAUGAUAGCUGCACUAAAUCUGAAUUUGAGUUUAUUCAAAGAGUUAUAAAGGAGAUAUCAAGCGCUAAAUCAAAUCAAUUAUUUGUUGCUAAACAUCCAGUUGGAAUAGAUAUUCGAGCAGAGGCCAUAGAAUUGCUUUUAGAUAUCGAGUCAAAUGAUGUUUGCAUGGUAGGAAUUUGUGGUUCUAGGGGAAUAGGUAAGACUACGAUCUCGAAAGUUGUAUAUAAUAGUAUUGCUAACCAUUUUGAAGGAAGCUGUUUUUUAGAGAAUGUUAGUGAAAUGUCAAUAACAAAUGGUGGCAUAAUCCAACUACAAGAGAAACUUCUUUCUAAGGUCUUACAAGGUAGAGACUUGAAGGUGCAAAAUGUAUUUGAAGAUAGCCAUUUGUCAAUGCAUGACUUGCUACAACAAAUGGGUAGAGAAAUUGUUCAACAAGAAUCAGAACAGCCUGAACAGCGUAGUAGGAUAUGGCAUUUUAAGGAUGCUCAUAAAUUACUAACUGGAAAUAUGGGAUCAAAUAAAAUUCGAGGUAUAAUGUUGCGCUCACCUGAACCAACAAAGGUUGCAUUGAAAGCUAAUGUUUUCAAGAGGAUGAAAAAUCUCAAAUUUCUUAUAGGCAAUGUACAUAUUGGUGAAGAUCUUGAAUAUCUCCCAGAUGAGUUAAGGUUUCUUGAAUGGCAUGAAUUUCCUUUGUCCUUAUCUUCCAAAUGUUGUGUCCCUGAAGAACUUGUUGCACUUAAGAUGUCUAAGUCUAACAUUAUAUUGGAGAAGGUAUUCAAGCAGGGGUUCCAGUACGAAAAUUUGAAAAUGAUUAAUCUGAGAUCUUGUGAAUUCAUUACCAAAUUACCUGACUUGUGCUGCCCAAACUUAGAGAAAUUGGACCUUCAAGAUUGUAAAAAUUUAAUUAAGAUUCAUGAGUCCAUUGGAUUUCUUGAGAAGCUUAAAGUAUGGACUCUCCGGGGCUGUUCACAACUUCAAAUUCUUCCAAAUACACUCAUGUUGAAAUCUCUAGGAUAUUUUGAUCUAAAUAACUGCUCAAGGCUUGAGAAGUUCUCCGAUAUUCAUCCAGAAAUGAAAUGUCUAAAGAAAUUGUUUUUGGGUCAUAGUGGUAUUAGAGAAUUGCCUUCAUCACUGUUGUAUCUGACUGAACUUGACACGUUAGAACUACCAUGCUGCCGUAAGCUUACAAAAUUUCUAGUUAUUCCUUCUGCCGAAUUGAGACCGGCGUGCAAUUCCUUUAACAACUUUUUGGGACCUACUGGGUAUCUGAGCUUGACAAAACUGGAUCUUACCGGAUGUGUUAGAAUUAAAGUUGAAUUAGAUUCUUGGAUGCAGGCCGAUUACUUUCCAAUAUUGACAGAUUUAGUUCUAGAUUCUACCAGUAUUGUUACCAUCCCAGAAAGUAUUAGCAGAUUUACUAGAUUACAAUAUCUUUCCAUAAGAUAUUGCAGAAAGCUUCGGGAAAUUCCAAGACUUCCAAAAUCUAUAAGAACUGUGGUUGCACUGUAUUGCUAUCGGCUGGAUCCACAAUCAUCAAGCAGAUUAUGGAAUCAGUUUGGAGAAAUUCUAGGAAUUCUUCCAAAUACAGUCGCUGAAGCUGCAAGAAGCUUUGAAUCUAAAAUUCACUGUCUUGUACUACCAGCAAUUGAGAUUCCAAGGUGGUUCAAAUUCAACCAUCACCAGAGUGUUGGAGAUUCCGUAUCAUUCUUGGUUGGUCCCAAAUUUUCAAAUUUAGUUGUUUGUAUUGCUUUUCCAUCAAAGGAUGAGAACAGCAAUAUGGAGAACCAUUGUUUCAUUGACAUUUCCAUCAAUGGUGUUAAACAAUCAUUCAUGGAUUUUGUUAAUUAUGGCCAUGUAUGGUUAAUUUAUGGGAAAGUGAAUAUAUCAAAUCCAUCUGAAGAGAAUCGCAUUAAGGUUGAGGUUAGACAAAUGGUGCAGAUAAGAUCGAAGAAUACGAUGAGGAUUUAUGUAGAAUGCAUCUGUUGUCCUGCCUCAUCUAUGGAUCAAUGGGCUUUCAACAAUAGGGAAGAAGAUUCAGGCCAUGUUGGAAUCCGACACCGACUGCAAAGAAGAAAUCAUCGAUCAACCCAUGCUAGACAUCCCCAAAAACACUACCUGUCUCGCUUUGGAUGGCUUCGAAUCCGAUUCCAACUCUGGAAACGAAGCUCCAAACCCUGGAGACAGUGAUUUUCUAAUGGGUUUCAUGACCAGGGUUCAUCUUCAAUUCCCAAUGCCUUUUUCAAUGAUGAUACCAACACCAAUCUGUACGCACCAUCAUACAAGACAAAAACAUCUUGAUUCAGCUUUAAAGAGAUGGUUUGCCUCUCUCUAUUUCUCUAAAUUUAAAGGAUCAUUCAUAGGAUUGUUGCUCAAGUAUAUAUUGUGUUUCAAGUAAAUAAUAGCGAAAUCAAAUUAUUGGGCUAUGUAAUUAUAGUUUAUACAAGAAACAUUUUAUUUCUUUAUUUCUUUUUCAAUGUAGAUAAUGCCUUGUUGCUAUUGAAGUAAUUGGUAGGCCUAAGAUCCCUUUUCACCUUGCAAUUUGAUUUUCAUUUAUUAUAAUAUUUGUCUUUUAUUCA